AUGGCUGCGCUAUGGGAGAAUAAUGGUCAAAUGGCCCAGUUCCCUUUAGAACAGUGGUUCUAUGAAAUGCCUCCAGUUACUCGAUGGUGGACAGUGGCCACGGUGGCGACCUCGGUACUAGUGCAGUGUCACAUCGUCACGCCAUUCCAACUAUUCUACAGUUUCCGCGCCGUCUACGUUAAAUCACAAUAUUGGAGGCUCAUAACAACAUUCUUAUACUUCGGUCCACUUAAUCUUGACCUCCUCUUUCACAUAUUCUUCUUACAACGAUACUCCCGUCUACUGGAGGAAUCAUCCGGCCGCUCACCAGCGUAUUUCGCCUGGUUAAUCUUCUACGCCAUGUCUUCACUUCUAAUCAUCUCACCAUUCCUCUCGAUGCCCUUUCUCGGUACAGCUCUUUCCUCAAGUCUGGUCUACAUCUGGGCUCGCCGGAAUCCAGAGACUCGUCUCAGCCUUUUCGGCCUUUUGGUCUUUACCGCUCCGUACCUACCUUGGGUUCUCAUGGCCUUUAGUGUGAUUGUGCAUCGCAUCUUACCCAAGGAUGAGAUCUGUGGUAUCGUGGUUGGUCAUUUGUGGUACUUCUUUAAUGAUGUCUACCCGACGCUGCACGGUGGCCACCGGCCUCUGGAUCCGCCCAUGUGGUGGCGACGACUCUUUGAGCAACCUGCGGAUCGUCCGACGAAUGCAACGAAUGUGAACCGUGAGUUUGCGGCGGCAGCUGCACGGGAGGUACGCUGA